GCGUAAUUUCAUUGUUAAUAAAUAUAAACAUAAGAAAAAAUUGUAAUAGUAAAAGUUCAUUUGAAAUUUUGCCGCUGAAAUAUUUUGACUUCUCAACAGGAAGAGCUUAAUUCCGGAAGUGCAUUAUUUCUUGUCUAUAUCUUUUGUAUAAAACAAGAAAGAUUAACAAUGGCGGACGCUGCUCCAGCCGCACGCGGUGGUUUUCGUGGAGGUUUCGGUUCUCGUGGUGAUAGAGGUAGAGGUGGAAGAGGAAGGGGUCGCGGUCGUGGUCGCGGACGUGGUAAGGAAGAUGCCAAGGAAUGGAUUCCCGUUACCAAAUUGGGUCGCCUUGUACGCGAUGGUAAAAUUCGAACUCUCGAAGAAAUUUAUCAUUUCUCUUUACCCAUCAAAGAAUUCGAAAUUAUUGAUUUCUUCCUUGGACCUUCACUAAAGGACGAGGUUUUAAAAAUCAUGCCUGUUCAAAAGCAAACUCGAGCUGGUCAACGUACCCGCUUCAAGGCUUUCGUUGCUAUUGGAGAUAGCAAUGGUCACAUUGGCUUGGGUGUGAAAUGUUCAAAAGAAGUUGCAACAGCAAUUCGCGGUGCUAUUAUUCUCGCAAAAUUGUCCGUUGUUCCAGUGCGUCUUGGUUAUUGGGGUAAUAAAAUUGGUAAACCCCAUACAGUACCAUGUAAAGUAACGGGUAAAUGUGGAUCCGUUCAGGUGCGUUUAAUACCAGCGCCAAGAGGAACAGGUAUUGUUUCGGCACCAGUUCCAAAGAAAUUAUUGCAAAUGGCUGGUAUUGAAGAUUGUUAUACAUCAGCAAGAGGUUCAACUUGUACUCUUGGUAAUUUUGCAAAAGCCACUUACGCUGCAAUUGCCAAAACUUAUGCCUACUUGACACCAGACCUUUGGAAAGAUGUUGCACUAUCAAAGCCACCAUAUCAGGAAUUCGCUGACUAUUUGUCGAAAGCACAUCGCCCCAUUCAGGGAUCAAGACCAAAUGAGACUGUUUAAAUUUAAAUUUUUAAUUUAAAUUCUCAAAUAAAGUCUUUCAAAAACAAUAAACAAUAA